CGCGCCGGGGUACGUUUUUUGCGCCCCCGAUUCGGAUGGAUCGGCGGCAGCGGCGGCGGCCGCGGGCGUAAUUUCCAUCCAUCCCUCUCUCUGCGUUUCUCCGUCGUAAUAUUCGCGGCACGAUUUCCGUGCGGACGGACGCUUGUGUCGCUCGCUCUCCUGCCCGCUGCGCCCUUAAUUGAGUGAUUGACGUCGCGUUCUCGUUGUUGUUGUCUUACACACACCAGGCGGCGUCGAUUUGAUUAGGGGGUGCGUUUGAGCAGACGCCGGAGGAACCGCCCACUCGCGCUCGCUGUCGAGGAGAAGAUUCCUUUCUUUCCGUUGUGUGGUCGGCGGAUGAUCAGGAAGGAAGGCGAGGAAAUCCGCACCUCUACUCUUUUUCACUCGCACCGGCAGCAGCAACAGGACCCUCCGACCCACACGCCGAACACCAACCAUAAGGCAGCGCUGAAUUUAUUCCUCGCAAGGAGAGAUGCUCAGCAUGUACGAAAGCUCGUGUUCGUACCAAAGCGCGCUGGACCUGAAGCGCGUGGCCGCGUCUGCCGCGGCCGCCCAGCUCAACAUCAAGACCGAGGUCGGCGUGGACAGCGGGCCGAUGGGCAGCGGCGGCGUGGCUGCGACGCACGGUGGCGACUGGGCUUCCGGAUGCGCCGCGUACCGCUUCGCAGGCCUGCCGGGCAGCACGUCCACCUUUGAGCAGCUCAAGCAGUCGGUGGAAAAGGCCAAGGCGGCCCUGCAGAGUCCCAGUGCGGCCAGCGCGGUGCCGCAGGUCAACGGCGCUGCCGGCUACCUCUCGGCGGCCAGCGUCUUCGGAGACCUCACCUCGCCACUCUCCGGCUUCGCCAGGGACGAGUCGGUGCGCGGACACACCAGAAUCCAGGACGAUGACCACAGCAAAAGAAAUCAAACAGGUCUACACGACUCUCCGGGCAGCAGGGACAGUAAAUCAUCCAGUCACGCGCAAACCGCCAGCUCCUCUUCCUCAGGACUUUCGAACAGCACAAAAGGCACAUCGUACCAACACAGCAACACCAACUCCCUGGGCGAGAGCCUCAGGACCUCCAGCAAAACCGAUACGACAUACAAAGGAACCUGGAGCUCACACACUUCUUCCCAGUCACAAGCUGGCUACGGCAGCAACUCGCUCAGCAGCAUGACCAAGUCCUCCCUGGACCCCCACACUCACCUCCGACAACCAGAUCCCUAUCAAAUGUUUGGCCCCACGAGCAGUCGACUCGCCAGCUCUGGUUCCGGCCAAAUCCAGUUGUGGCAGUUCCUCCUGGAGCUCCUCUCCGACUCCUCCAACGCGUCGUGCAUCACCUGGGAAGGCACCAACGGCGAGUUCAAACUCACAGACCCUGACGAGGUGGCUCGCAGGUGGGGUGAACGCAAGUCCAAACCCAACAUGAACUACGACAAACUCAGUAGAGCUCUUCGAUACUACUACGAUAAGAACAUAAUGACCAAAGUGCAUGGCAAGAGGUACGCCUACAAGUUCGAUUUCCAGGGGCUGGCAGCGGCCACGCAGCCGGCGGCCGCAGACCCCGCCGCCUACAAGUACCAGAGUGACCUCUUCAUGUCCAGCUACCACCACCACUCGACCAAACUCAACUUCAUGAGUCCGCACGCAGCAAUACCGUCCUCCUCAGCGAGUAUUUUCCCCUCUCCAUCCUCGUACUGGAGCAGCCCGAGCGCGAACCUGUACUCGAACAUCGCAGCAGCCUCGACGCACUCGAUGCCGCACCACCCGACGCACUUGGGCUCGUACCCGCACUACGCAUGACAAAGCUCAUGGGACCCAACCUCGUCUCCGGGCGCGACCUCGUCGUUCCGCAGUGGCCGCCUCUGAAGCAGCCGGACAAUUGAAUGAGACCAUUGAUUGCGCGCAGAGUGUGCUCUCUGAACCAAAAGUACCUUUUUCCGAGUCCGGUGCCGAACCGGUGACACAUGUGUAUACCCGCCGACCGAGUGUAAAUAGAACCAUCCUGCGCUGCGCUGUCUCUCUGUCGCAGCCAUGUUCGUUGUGUACUUGCCCAGAAAACGUGUACCUUGGUGUGUGUGAGAGCAAAUCGGACUCACCAUUAUUAAACAUAUGUAUAUUCGCUGUUGACGAAUCUGAGAAGAAACGGUUCUAGUCCUCACGAGCAAAUAGAUUUGAGUUUUCAAUUUAUAAAACCUUCGUGCAACUUUUUCGAUUGUUUUCCAACGAUUUUUAUAUAGAAGAUCAUUUGUAUCUGGAAAAUUACUUAGCGGAGUCAUCGCAUCAUCUCUUAAACUGUAAGCUGUAUUGAUUAACAGUGCAUAGACUGGCAAUGUGUAGUUGUAUUACCUGCAGAAAAGACGACAGAAUUUCCAAAAAGCUUGCCUCUCGUGUAUUUUGGGAUGUUGUCAUUGCAAUAUUAUAUUGAUGAAAAUGAUUAUUAAGAUUUUCAGCGAGGUGCCAAAAUAUGAGAGUGGGCGCGUGUAAAUAAACUGACCCUAAGCAAACAAAAUACUCAAUAAAUAACUAGUCCAUAUCUAAAGAGUAAGAAUUUUAAGUAUUUAUUGUCGUCUCUCUUAUGAAUGUGAUAUUGCUUUUGAUGAUCUCGCUUGUGUUUCAAUUUUAAUUAAUCAGAAGAGGCUUAGGGUUUGAGAACUAGUCAUUUAGUAAAUACAAUGAGAGUUAAUGUAUUUUCCUUGUUGAUUGAAUACCUUAAAAAAUUGAAAAUUCGACAAAUUACUGUUGUGACUUCUCAUAAUUAUAUGAAAUUUCAAAAAUUAUUGGUUGCUGUAACACUCAUUACCAAUAAAAAGCGUCUAUAAUAUCA